AUGGGGUGCAAGGCGUGCGACAAGCCCAAGCCCAACUACCGGAAGGGCCUGUGGUCGCCGGAGGAGGACCAGAAGCUCCGCAACUACAUCCUCCUCCACGGCCACGGCUGCUGGAGCGCGCUCCCCGCCAAAGCCGGGCUGCAGCGGAACGGCAAGAGCUGCAGGCUGCGGUGGAUCAACUACCUCCGGCCGGGCCUGAAGCACGGCAUGUUCUCCCCGGAGGAGGAGGAGACGGUGAUGAACCUCCACGCCACGCUCGGCAACAAGUGGUCUAGGAUCGCACGGCACUUGCCUGGCAGGACCGACAACGAGGUCAAGAACUACUGGAACUCGUACCUCAAGAAGAGGGUGGACAGCAAGGAGGGACCGAGCACGCCUGCGCCGGCGGCGUCCGCCGAUUCAGACGACUCGCACUGCGUCAAGCCAGGGGACGACGGCACGGCGCAGGAGGAGAGAGCAGCCAACCGGCCGGUGGACUCCGGCUCGUCGGAGCCGCGCGAGUCGUCGUCGGCCGACUCGAGCUGCCUGACGGACCCGCCCGCCUGCAGGCCCCACGCCGCGCCCGUGGCGGCGCCCAAGGUCAUGUUCGCGGACUGGCUGGACAUGGACCUGGACAUGGACAUGGACUACAUGGGCGGUGGUGGCCUGCCGCCGCCGGCCGCGGCAGCACCUGGUCUGGGCGCUGCGGGCGUGGCCAGCACGGGCGAUCGCGAUCAGCAUCAGGUGUCCGUGCAGGUGGAUGGGCCAUCCGGUGUCGAUGUGUCCCUGCACGGGUUCGGUGACAGCGGCGCCAGCUGCUGGGAGUUCCAGGAGCACUUCGACGACGGCAUCGAUCAGAUGCAGACGGCCGGCUUCUACGACCUGCUCUCCAUGAGCGACUACUUCGGCCUCAACUAG